GUGCAGCUUUUACAGUGCGCGGAGAGGCGCUUAUCUUAACCCAGAGACAGAGGACACUAUUCUCUUAUUUCUUUUUUAAGAUAUUCCUAUUUCUGCUUUUUAGUUCUCCACUCCUACUGCAUUCCCCUCUCCCAUUCAUUCCCCACCCGCACUGUAAAUUUCGACAAGAAAAUAUUAAUAAAUUAAUUGGUAAUAUUAAGAGCACACAAUUGUGCCGAAGCUCAUCCUCCUACGCUCCCACCGCCAUGAGCUCAUCCGGCUAAACCCAUGUGCUCCUGAGCCAGCACCCCACUCCAAGAAUGUCGCUUCUGGCCUCUUCCCUCACUUUCUUCUUCCUCUCCCUCCUCGCUUUUCCCUCUUCUCUAGCCAAUCGUCUUGUGUUGAGAGGACACGAUACCCUGCCGAGUCAGAACCGGACGUUCGAGCUUGGCUUCUUCACCUUCAAUGGCGGACAAUCCAAUCAUUAUUACUUGGCUGUUCGGUACGCGUCGGUUCCGCUUCCCACCUACGUCUGGGUCGCCAAUCGCGAAAAGCCCAGCAAAAAUCUCGCCGAUUCGACGCUGGAAAUCACCGAAACUGGCCUCCUGCUUGUGAAAGAUUCACCAACCUCGAUUCUUUGGCAGAGUACGAAUUUAGAAACUUCGGGAGCAGCACAAUUGAAGCUUUUAGACAGUGGGAAUUUGAUUCUGGUCACUCAUGAAGGCUCUGUCUCCUGGCAGAGCUUCGAUUUCCCCACGGACGCCUGGCUUCCGGGUAUGAAUCUGACCCGGACCCGAUCCUUGGUGUCAUGGCGGAGCCCCACGGACCCGUCGCCGGGACUCUAUUCUCUGCGGCUGAGACCGCCGGGCUACGGUGAGUUCGAGCUCCUUUUCAAUAACUCUAGAUCUUAUUGGACCACCGGACGGUGGACCGGCGACUCGUUCCUCAACAUUCCGGAGAUGAUGAUUCCUUACCUUUACCUCUUCCACUUCGUGAAUCCAUUCACACCGACGGCAUCGUUUGGGUUCCGGGAGAAGCCUCUAAACGGGCUGAGCCCACCCACGUAUUUCCGGGUUGAACCGUACGGGCAGGUCCGGCAGUACACGUGGUGGUCUCAGGCUGGAAGCUGGAACAUUUUCUGGUCGGGGCCGAAAAAUGUGUGUGACGUUCAUGGCCUGUGUGGCAGCUUAGGAGUCUGCCAAGGAGAAACGACGCCGAAGUGCGAGUGCGUCUCCGGUUUCAAGCCCUUAGACGACGGUAGAUGGGCUUCCGGGGACUACUCCGGCGGGUGCCGUCAGAAAACGGAUAGUCUCUGCGAUAAAAGUGAUGGGUUCGUAGAUAUGGGCGUUAUGAGCUUCGAAGCACCCAAUGCGCGGUCGUCUCAAAGCAAGUCUCGAAGCAAUUGCGAGACUACUUGUUUAAGUUCAUGCGAUUGUAUUGGCUUGUCCUUCGACCAGAGGACCAGUUCCUGCAAGAACUUCUACGGGUCAAUUCUGAAUCUCCAUAAUUCAUCUUCUGGAACCUCUGUUGAUGGCAAUUUGUAUGUCAGGGUACAACGAGAACAAUCUGGUAAGAAGUCGAGUCGUCAAAUUCUUACUGGUACUAUUAUCGGGGCAAUUGCCUUUCUCGGGUUAAUAGUGGCGACAUUGUUGGUAUUGCUGAAUCGAAGGCAGAAGAAGAAACUACAAGAAGAUGGAUUCAUUCAUGCACUGAAUCUUCAAUUAUUUUCCUACAAAGAGCUUCAAUUAGCGACCCGGGGAUUCUCAGAGAAGGUGGGUCAUGGUGGGUUCGGGACAGUAUUUCAAGGAGAAUUGCCAGAUUCAACUCUCGUUGCAGUGAAGCGGCUGGAGAGACCAGGUAGUGGAGAAAAGGAGUUCAGAGCAGAAGUUUCCACCAUUGGUAAUAUCCAACAUGUUAAUCUCGUUAGACUCAGAGGCUUCUGCUCAGAAAAUUCUCACAGACUUCUGGUUUACGAGUUAAUGCCCAACGGUGCUCUUAGUUCUUACCUUCGCAAAGAAGGAGGGCCUAGUCUGAGUUGGGAGGUCAGGUUCCGAAUAGCUGUAGGAACGGCCAAAGGUAUAGCUUAUUUACACGAAGAAUGUCGCGAUUGUAUCAUUCACUGUGAUAUCAAACCUGAAAACAUUCUCUUGGACGCCAGUUUCACGGCCAAAGUUUCUGACUUUGGGUUGGCGAAGCUCAUGGGGAGGGAUUUCAGCAGGGUUUUAGCAACCAUGAGAGGCACUUGGGGCUAUGUAGCACCAGAGUGGAUCUCUGGAGUUGCAAUCACUACAAAAGCCGAUGUUUACAGCUACGGGAUGACAUUGUUAGAGCUUAUAAGUGGUCGCCGUAAUGUGGAGGCACCACCACAAUCAGCAGGCGACGGCGGCUGCUGCGAGGAGGCUGGGGAGAAAGAGAAGUGGUUCUUCCCUCCGUGGGCUGCGCGGCAGAUAAUUGAAGGGAAUUGGACUGCUAUAGUUGAUAAGAGGCUUGGCAAUGCAUGUAACAUGGAGGAGGUAAGGAGGGUGGCUAUGGUAGCUGUGUGGUGCAUUCAGGAUGAUGAAGGAAGUAGGCCUUCAAUGGGCAUGGUGGUGAAGAUGUUGGAGGGGUUAGUGGAAGUGAGUGUCCCUCCAACGCCUAAAUUGCUUCAAGCACUGGUCUCCGGCGAGUCCUUUCGAGGUGUCAAGGCAGAUUCCAGCACAGGCGACAGCCUCUCAGGUGCCAAUGCUGAUUCAGAAUCGUUCACAGGGGCCGUUUCUUCCGCAGCAAAUAUGAAUGUCAAUGUUGUUGUACGAUGAUGAUGAUGAUGAUGAUGGAGUUAAGGUACAGAGUAGAGCAUUCGAGGUAGAGAUGUUUGAGUGGAAAAGAAAAUGGUAGAGUAGAUGAAGAUGUAAAAUGGUUGACUUUGCAGGAAAAGUUUUAGGUUUGUGAUUCAAAAUGAAAAACCUGAAAGUUGUUCUGUC